UUUUUUUUUUUUUUUUUUUUAAUUGUAAUUAUAAUGUCAAUAAAAUUCCUUCAGGCACUUUAAUUUUUAAAAAGACGGUUGUUUCCUUGUGGUAUUCUAAAAAUGCCACAAGAAAAGAAGCAGCAAUGGCCGAAUGUACCAGCAACAAAAAGAGUCUGGUAAAGGCAACCAUAGUGUCACAUUGGAAUAGAAAAUAAUUAAACUAAAUAACGAAGCUGACACAAAUUAUCCAUUAAAUUAAAUCCAAUGGAAGAAUAUAUAAUGUGAAAGAAAGUUAAAAAAAAGUAUUUUGGAACUAUAACUGCAUGAAAAGAAUCAAAGCAUGAAUGCCAAAAGUAGUUGUAUUGUCAUAAGCAUAUUUGAAAAUGUGCUUAUGACUUUCCCACGAUCUGUGACUGCAGGACCCAAAAUAAAUCAGAAGAGGAAGCACGUGUUCAUCUUCUGGGGAAAAAAAUAGUCAUCAAAUUCUGAAGGGAACUGAGAGUGCAGGUUCAGAGCAUCAUUAGCGGAUUAAUUAGUGGCAGUGUUGCACUUCCUCUGUCAUCAAAAGCAGUGAGAAGGCCAGAAAUAAACAAACCUUUGUGCAAAAGUUAUCAAGUUAGUGUUUGCGUAAACUUUUGACUGUCAAACUGGCACUUGUGAGUUUUUCAGGCAGGACAUUUUUAACAAUGUGCUCAACAGCUGCGGAUUUGUAGUCAUUUCAGGAGUGAUAGGAGGCAUUUAUAAAAAUAUUUAAUAAGACUCAACUAAAUAAUAAUGAUAAAAAAUUAAACAUUAGAUGUGUGGGGAUUCCUGUUUAUAAUUUUAUGUCACCAUUUCAACUGUGACAUUUAUAAUAUGCACAUUGUUUUUACAAAAUGCAUAUGGUAAAAAUAAUAUGCAUUUUUAUGUGAUACAUUUCCGUCAAGGAAACAUAAUGGCUGUUUACGAAAUGUGAAACCUUAGAUAUGGUCGCCUCUGACGUCUGACUUCCUCAAAUGGUAAGAGGUUGAGCUAGAUGCUUUUUUCCUCAAUGCGUUUUCUGCAGAUCUGACAGUCAAGCACAGUAGCAGCACCCGUCCAGACAAUGGAGAACAUCUACGCCAAUGAACCCAUUAAAUUCGUCUCUAAAAGUCCAGCAAUUACCCUAAGAAGAAAGAAUGAGUGGAGGAAAGAGCAAGGUUUAGAAAACUCUAAAACAAGAGUUUAUGUCGGUGUUAUCAUCCUACUGGGGCUCCUGACUACUUCCCUGCUGGCUGGACUGAUCUAUGUUCUUCUCCUCUGUGACCAAACUGGCAAUUUGGUAGUGGAUUUCUCCAUCAAGCUUUCUUCUGUGACUCAAGAGAAAGACCGACUGAAUGCCAGCCUCACUGAGAUGAAUGAAGAGCUGAGCAGGCUUAGACAAAAGGAGGGAUGUCCUGCAGGGUGGACGAGGUUCUACGGUUCUUGUUAUCUUGUGUAUGGAUGCGGUUCCUGGGAUGCAGCCAGAGAAUACUGCGUGAAGAAAAACGCCCAUCUUGUGGUGAUAAACAGCACAGAAGAACAGAACUUUGUGGCUUCGUCUACUGAGGAUUCAGUUUGGAUCGGUUUGAAUGACAAACAAACUGAGGGUACCUGGGUGUGGGUUGACGGAUCUUCUCCGGCUCUCACGUUCUGGGUGGAGAAUCAGCCUGAUAAUGGCGGUAAAGCCUAUGGAGCUGCAGAGGAGGACUGUGCACACAUCAGAACUGAUGACCUCUGGAACGACCUUCCAUGUUCUCAAACUCAGAACUGGAUCUGUGAAAAAGAAAUAACAUAGAUGGUAUAAAUAAGCAUUUCUAACUGCUUUGCAUUAUAGGGUAAUAUGCCAUUUUGACCUGUUAUUAAAUAGAUGCAGCUUGUAAUGGCUAGUGUUAUUUUUGAAUUUUGAAUGCAACUCUUGCUUUUUCAGAAUUGUUCAAUAAAUAAAUAUGUUUUUCUUUGUCAUAUGCAAUAAUACUUCUGUCCGAUUCAUUUUCUUCUAUUCCCUAUAAUCAACAAAAUCAGUGUUUUGCAUGUUACUCUUUCACACUGCUUAAAAAAAAAAUCUGUACCUUUAACCUCAAUGACCGUAAAAACAUGUCUACCUUUCAGGAAUACUUUCUU